GCGAUUGGCAAACUGUAGCACGCGAACGCAGGACAGGCGACUAUAUCAAGGCUGCAAACCACGGAUUGUUUGUACUCCUACGAUAAAAGAUCUCAAAGGUGCAUGGUGGAAUGCGUAUCUGAGUAUUUACUGGGGGAUACUGGAGCUAAGAGUUGGAUUUUGGAUUCUGCAUCAUUCUCAAUUGUUUAAUCUCUCUUGACAGUUCACUGAAGUGCCUGCUCUCCACCGCUGCCAUGUCCUCCACACCUCCACCUCUCAUGAAGAAGCACAGUCAGACCGAUCUUGUGAGUCGCCUUAAGUCCCGCAAGGUCCUGGGUGUCGGCGGAGAGGAUGAUGACGGGGAGGUGCAUAGGUCGAAGAUCAGUCAGAUGUUGGGUAAUGAGAUGAAAUUUGCUGUACGUCAGCCCAUUGGCCUCCGGCUUUGGCUCCUCAUCUCUGCAGUGUUGUUCACCUCCACAUCUUUAAUGGCACUGGCCUUCCCCAACCAACUCUACGAGAUAAUAUUUGAGCUCACCACCACCAGGAUCUCCAUCAGACUCUACGGAGGAGCCCUUCUGUGUAUCUCAUUAAUCCUGUGGAAUGGCUUGUACACAGCAGAAAAGGUCAUCAUUCAAUGGACACUACUUACGGAAGCAUGUUACUUUGGGAUACAAUUUCUAGUGACGUCCAUCACUCUCCUGGAGAUGGGCACUCUGUCCAACAGUGCAAUUGUUCUUCUUCUUAGUGAAACCUUGUUCCUCCUCGUCACCUUGAGUUACUAUCAUCACCUCGGCCGCCGUCCCAAAAAGAUCUAAGGGAGGCCAGCCACCCUGUGUUCAUUAAUCAGUAAGAUUCUCGUGUUAGAUGGAUGGGUUGGCACCACAGAAUUAUUUGAAUACAGUAGCUCCACCGCCUGGACCAAAUUAAUUUACACUUCACUGAGAAUGAACCUCUUUUUGUGGACAUUGUCUAUUAGGAGCAUUUACUCUCAUUAGAUGGUCCUCAGGUUAUGACCAUUGACUUCAUAUGUUACAUAAAGUGAGUUCACUACAGAGGCUUAUUAGUUUUUUAAAUGUUUUUAUUAUUGUUUUUUUUUUUUUUUAAAGGCACAGCAUGGGCGAUUUUUGGGCAUGAACAGUUGCAACAUGGUGGGACUUGUCUGGAAUUUGGCACAUAGCAGUCUGAAUUUGGGUGGAAAAACUUUUAAACUAACACUCUGAUUUCCAGUGUAAUCAUGUUGGCCGAGCACAAUAGAUUCAGCUUGGUAUUACCUACAACAAUGCCACAACAACCAAUAAUGCCAUACAAAGACUAGCAAAAGGUUGAACAUCAAAAUGCACACAUACAAAAUGCUUAACAAAUACAGAAUAUACUGUACAUGACUCAAAUGUGUUACAUUUACAUUUAGUUACAAACAUUUCUAAACGAUGUAUUAUAUAAAUCAUAUAAAUUGUAAAAACAUUGUUUUUACAUAAUUUGAUGUACUGUUGUAUUAAAGGGUAUUUAAAGGCAUUAAUUUUACAAUGUACCUUUUUAAACUUGUAAUUUAUUACUGCCUCUGACAAAUCUCUUUGGCAUCAAACUAAGAAAUUCUGCCCCUACCAAUUCAGACAUAAUUGUUUUAUUAUUUUUUUCUGCUUUACAUACCUAAGAGACAUUUACACUACAGUUGCUGAAGUACAUAAUGUAAUUUAUUAACUUGAAACAAGUUCCCUUUGAGUACAGAUUGAAAGGUUACUGAGACAAACUCAAUUGAUAGUACAGAUUUCUAAGGGUUAUAUGUCAUUUCUCUAUGAUCGUCCAUGUCAUGAACUUAAAGAAGCAUGUUACUAACAGUUUUGAUCUCUAAAAUGUUAAGAAUUCAAGGAAUAGUUGAAAAAUGUAAAUGAUGCCAUCAUUUACUCACCUUCAUGUCGUUUAAACGCUAAAAUCUUACUCAUGUUCAAGUACAUGCAAAAAUACUGUCUCAAGAUUCGGAUGUAUCAUUGAUGUUAAAGCUGACAGAAUUUUCAUUUUUGGAUGAUCUAUU